GUGAUGUUCAUCGUGAAUUUUAAACACCUACAAAGUGUCAAAAAUAACCUCAGUGUGUUUAGUUUUUCCGAGUUUGUUAGUAUUUGCUGUAGCACGUCAAUAUGGGAAAUUCUGGGUUGAAACAGCAUUACGAAACUGCAAAAAAGACUGGUGUAUUGAAGAUUUCUGAUGGAUUGGGUGAUUUUCCAGCUGGAUUUAAGCAGUUAGAACCUCACCUUCGAGUACUAGAUCUGGCUGGAAAUGUGUUUACAAGUAUACCAUCCGAAAUUAGCGCUUUUAAAGCUUUAAAGCGUUUAAAUUUUAACCAGAAUGUGCUGAAGUCUAUACCUGAUGAAAUUGGAGACCUUUCGAAGCUUGAAUGCUUGUCUUUGAGUACAAACAAACUAACUCGUAUACCGCCGUCUAUAGCGCAGCUUUCUCAUUUAAAAGAAGUGUAUCUCAGUGAAAAUCGGAUUAGGGACUUCCCAGUGGUAUUUUGCAAAUUGAAACAAUUGGUUAUGCUUGAUUUAUCCAAGAACAGAAUCAUGCGAAUACCCGACGAAGUGCAAGACCUGCAAGUGCUUGAACUUAAUCUGAAUCAAAAUCAGAUUUCAGAAGUGUCAGAAUCCAUCGCAAAGUGCCCACGUCUUAAAACUUUGAGACUCCAGGAGAACUGCCUACAAUUAAAUAGUAUACCUAAAGCAAUUCUGACCGAGUCCAAUAUAUCAAUGAUUGCUGUAGAAGGAAAUCUGUUUGACAUGAAAAACUUUAUGGAACUAGAAGGAUAUGAUGUAUAUAUGGAACGUUACACAGCAGUAAAGAAAAAGAUGUUUUAAAACACGCUUUAUCAUCUUUCCUGUGACAGAGACCUGCACAUUAAAAAGAUAUAUUAAAUUUGACCUUUACAAUCAUUAUGAAAU